UACACAGGUCCGAUCCCGGCCGAGCGAGGGGGCGAGCUGGCCAUGGGGGGAGGUCGUAGCGAGACCUCUGCACUGAGCGGGACAGGAGGGGGGCGGGGCAUGACCACUACCCAGAAUUCCCAACGGCCCAAUGCUUGCUGCUUCUGCUGGUGCUGCUGUUGCAGCUGCUCAUGUCUCACUGUCAGGAAUGAAGAGGAGAGAUGGAGGCGGAGCAGGAGGAAGAGAAUAUCACAGGACACCAAGAUGGAAACCAUACCAAACUGUGAAGCUUGCAGCAAACCCUCAGCGGAAGAGAUCCGGCUGUGGUCGCAGUCCUUCGACAAGCUGAUGAGGAACCCGGCGGGCCGAAAUGUUUUCCGGGAGUUCCUGCGAACGGAGUACAGCGAGGAGAACAUGCUGUUCUGGUUGGCCUGCGAAGACCUCAAACAGGAAAUCAACAAAAACGCCAUUGAGGAGAAAGCGCGCACCAUAUACGAGGACUACAUUUCCAUAUUGUCGCCAAAAGAGGUGAGUCUGGACGCCCGGGUUCGAGAGGUUAUCAACAGGAAGAUGCAGGACCCGACGCCUCACGCGUUUGAAGACGCCCAGCUACAGAUCUACACGCUGAUGCACAGGGACUCCUACCCACGAUUCCUCUCCUCCAACAUCUACAAGUCGCUCAUUCUCGGCGGCUCGCGUACCUCCUCCGAGUCCUAGUCCCACACCGCCUCCACCUCCACUUCCGAUCCUGCACUUACGGGAUUGACGCCAGACCAUUUCAUCGCUUCUCUCGCACACUCCUCCCAGUACAGAACUUUCCAGAAAUUAUCGACUCCUCCUCAGAUCACUUCCCUGAAUCCCAAAUCUCUCAGAUUACUGCCAAGACUUUCUUCUUAUGUUUUGUUUUUUUCCCUCCAUGUCCUAAACUUUAGAUACUGUUGCCAACGCUAUUUUGCCAACGCUUUUAUGUCAUUUGAACAAUAUUUUAAAGCUGCAGUAGGUUACUUUUUAUAAAAAUAAUUUGAAUACGCAGGUAUGCUUUGGAAAAAAUCUGGUUCCUCUGGCUCCUCCUAGUGUUCCUAGUAGUAUUUGCAAGAAUCCACCGGGCCUGAAUGAAAAUACAACCAAUCAGAUCUGAGAACGAUGGAAAAAUCCUUUCUGCGAGUGGCUUGAAAAUUGUUGUUGAGUCUCAUUCCCAACGUUGAUAUUUGACAACCUGGGAAUGAGACUCAGCUAUCAACUAUCUAUCUUUGCUCUGAUUGGUUGUUUUCGUUCGGGCCCGGUGGAUUCUUGCAAAUGUCAUUAGGAUAACUAGGAGAAGCCAGAAGAACUUUUUCACAAAUUUUGUCAAAGUUUCAGCAAAUAUGACAAAAACUUAUUUUUUUAGAAAAGUGACCUACUGCAGCUUUAAAAUGUUAGAUUUUACCACUUUAUACCCUGAAAUACCUUAAAACUCCACAAUUUUAUUUUGUCCGAAUGGAAAGGCCUCUGGAACAGUAUUAAGAACAUCUUAGUGCGGAAAAUGUAAUUACUAUAAUUGGAAUUAACAGCGCCUCACGUUUAAAAGUAGAAUAUGUCCACCAGCCAGUAAUUGAUUUCAGUAUGUAUCCAUGAAUAGAAGCUGACUGAUGAUGGAUUUUUUAGGACAUCAAUAUCUGAUAUAAAUACAUGGGCUGAUAUUGGUUUGAUUUGAUCAGUUUGAAAAAAAAAUUCUUAACUGAAGGGCCUCUUACUAGCUUUUUCUGGAGCUUUCGACAGUCUUCAGUGUAUGGAGUUUGCACACUUUGAACGUUCUGAGCAAACUCCAUCCGCUGAGGAACAGUGUCCAGAAGGAUCUGGUUCUGAAGGUCAAGAAAAGGUUAAGUAACUGGACCUUCAGUUACUGAUACUGGAUUUUUUUUCGCUGAUAACAAUAUUAAUAUUUAACAUACAAUUUUAAAGGGCCCCUUAAAUUUGUUUAUUCAUGAAUUGGGACCAUAGGGCUCUCUGGUGGACAGAUUUAUACACCAAUACUGAUACAUCCGCAGUAAGAUAAUAUUGGUCCUGACGAUUUAUCUGUCUUGUAAUGGUUAAGAUUUUUGAACUUUUGAUCAAGUUAGAACUAGAGUCCCUCAUAUUUAGUUAACUAAUUACAAAGAUACAUACUGAGUGGGAUAUUUUUAAAAUAACUGUAUACUUUUGAAAUUUUUUACCAGUCAGGCUCUAUUUCUCUGCUGGUAUCAGUUAGGUUUUCGGCUACCACCCUGUCCUGUAGCUACUGAACACACUUUCUGAUUUAACUUCUUCUGUGAUUCCACCUCUGUCCUUCUGUUCAUCCUUUCAUCCCAUUUUCUCUCUCAGAACCUCUUGUCCUCCCUCAUCUCUCCUGUUUUUCACCUCAGCGACUUCUGAAGGGAGAAGGAAGCGGUCUGGAUGUUGAAGUAUUUCUUUGGGAUAUCAUCUGCUGAUUACUUGGGAGAUUUGAAUGCAUUUCAAGGGGAGGAAUAUACACCUGUGCCAUGUAUUCUUUUUGUGGAUUCUUACACCCCCCCACCACCACCACCACCACCACUUGUGACCAUUGAAUCACCUUCAAGAGCCAAUUAAAGGGGGAUGUCCCUGACUUCCGCCCACCUCAUCACCUUGUUUUUCAUCCGACGGUUGUCUACGUCGGGACUGACGGAGAGGCAAAAGAAAAAGGUCGAUGCUGUCUGAUUCCUUCUCCUUCUUUCUUUUUCUCUCUUUCAACUGGAAAACACAGGGUGCUCCCUCCAUCCCCCGCUACAAACCACAAAAAAGUUUGUUGCUUAUUUGUAUCGUUUAUUUAUCCAUUCUUGUUUGCUGGAUCAAUCACUUCACUCCUGUGAUAAACAAACGGACGAAUGUCACUUCCUUUCCGACUACUGAUUUACAAACAGACAAGACGUCUAUUUUUUAAGAGAAAACUAUAUGGAACAUUUGAAUUAUGUUGAUUUUUUUUUUGUUUAUUUGGUUUCUCCCACUCUCUCCACUUCCUGGAUUUUUUGCAAGAAGAGGAGGAUUCCUCUGAGACUGUACUGAUCUCCACCCGACGCAACACCACAGACACCACAGACAGGUGCAAUAAAACACUGGAGUUUGGAAAAACAACACAGACACACAUUUACAAAAUUUGUCUUACUAUACUUCCUCAUCCAAAACAUAAACCCCCAGCAGGACAGGACCAAGUCCACCAAAAUAGCAUUUAUCUCUUUCAAAGUAAAAGAAAACAGGUUAUCUCAGGCUCAUUGUGUGGUAUUUCAGAAUUUUUUCUCAGUUAAGUAUUUAAUGAAUUGAUAAUCCAUUCCCAUGCAGUUCUUUAAAAUUUAACUUUUGCAAUUUGGACUGAUGUUAAAAUGUCUCUUUCAGCCCUUUUUCUUCUUUUUUUUUUACAUUUCAUGACUAAACAAUCAAAAAAUAACUCUUUUUCUCUUCAAAAGCCAGCAUUCAGUGGGAAAAUAUAGGAUCAUUUCUUCUACAGCUAUGAAUACAGUGCAGUUAUGCUGCUGUCAUGUCAUAAGGACAUUAACAUAACUAUUUACAAUUUAAUAAUGCCGUUCAUACCAUCUAGUUGCUAAUAAAAAACUGCAUAAAUAUAAUAUAUAUGGCUGGGAAUUUCAGUUUUUGCAAAGUUCCAAUAUAAAGAAAGUAAAAAGGAAGCAUGGCGGCCUCAAAUCGACCACAAUUGUUCAAGAUAAUUAAACCCUGAUUUAGUCCCAUAGAAAAGCAGGCGAGAAUACGGAUCCCCAAGUUUAAAGUCAAAGUGGUCUUAGUAAGUAUAGUAAUACAAAUACACACACACACACACACACACUCACACACCAGGGUGGCCUACCUGGGCACUGCUGCUGCUGACCUCUGCCUAUGUGACCUCUCACCUUUGACCUCACCACUGUCUGUCGCCCACUCGGACACCUGCUCCUGAUUGGCUGCAGGAGGCUGCAGGGCUGAACUGUGGUUGGUCAAUUCAGGAAGGGGGGUGGGAGGAAAUCCCAGGUGCAAAAAAAAAAAAAAUAUAUAUAUAUAUAUAUAUAUAUUAAUGAAAAACAACUAAUAAAAAAUAUAUAGAGAAAAAAAGAAGAUAUUAUGUGAGAUGGGAUGCUUACACCCAGUGCUUCAUGGGAAAUGUAGUAUGAGGAAAACAAAUGUUUGUAGUUGUCUGCGGAGGCAAAAACGAAAAAGAGAUGCCUAGUACUUAACCAGACUGGACACUCCGAAUGCAUUUAUCUUAGUAUUGUUAAUGUUAUUUAUUUUAUAUUUUGUUAAAACUGUGAUUUUAAUUGUACAUAUAUAAACAGAAAAGCUUGAA